CUCUCUCUGUAGCAAACAUGCAUACACAUCCAUAGUAUACACACAUCAUCAUCAUCAAAGAAGUCAGUCAAUUAGCUAGAGAGAUCUCCCUCCCUCCCUCUUUCUCUCUCUCUAAAUUAUAUAUAUAAAUACACCAACACAUGCAACAACUCCACUACAUCCCUCAUUUGAGUUAUUUCUUCUCUCCCCUUCCCUUCUCUCUCUCUCUCUCUCUCUCUCCCCUCUUUUCUCUUCCCUCAUCUGAAGCUCUCUGUGUUUCUAAGAUGGCAGAGGCUGCAGAAAGAGAGCUCCAAUAUCAAAUCAGACCAAUCAAUACCUCUAAUAAUACUAGUAGUGCUGCUACUUCUCCAACCACCACGCGCUUGAAGCUCUUUGGCUUCAAUGUCAACCAGCACCAAGACGACGUCGACGAAGCCGUUGUGCUCGACUCCGCCAAGACCACUCCAUCCGGAUCGCCGGAAUCCGGCGGAUUUUCCACCGCCGGCGACCGGAAGUACGAGUGCCAGUACUGCUGCCGAGAAUUCGCCAACUCUCAAGCGCUCGGCGGCCACCAAAACGCUCACAAGAAGGAGAGGCAGCAGCUCAAGCGGGCCCAGCUCCAGGCCAGCCGAAACGCCGCCGUUUCUUACGCUCGGAACCCCAUAAUCUCCGCCUUCGCGCCGCCGCACCACCUGCUGGCUCCGCCGGGGUCCGUGAUGGUUCCGUCCACGUCUCCGGCGUCCCCGUCGUGGGUUUACGUGCCUCGCGCCGCGACGCCGUUCCAGGUGUCGCACGGCUGCGUGUUUCCAGCGGCGUCGGGUAAUGGGAGGGGCGGAGGGAGCUUUGCCUACGGCGGAGGCGGCGGAGGGGAGUCGGCAUUGACGAUGAUGGGGCCGCAAGUGCAGCAGGGCCACCGGGCCCAUGGAAGAGCUGACGGGCCAUCGUUGAGUAGGUUCACUAAGGGGGAUGGUGGGCCCUGUUUGGACGAUGGGCUGGGCUUGGACUUGCAACUCAGCCUCUGACUCCGCUCCUCCGGCAUGAGAGAGAAAAACUUUGUCUCCAUUAUUAGAUGCAGCUGGGAACGUAAUGUUUAUUUUAGUAGUCAGAUCUUGUACAUUUUCCAAUUUUAUUUAUUUAUUUCAUUUUUAAGAAAGUAAUUUCAGAGGCAUACAUUUUUGAGUA